AGGUGUCACCUCUCUCUAUACUGAGUACACGUCGGAAGGUCUACGCCGAGAGCUACUGUAUAUUGAUCGUUCGGCUAUUGCAACUAAUUCAAUCCGAAUACAGUUCCCUCCGACUGUCAAACUGCUGUCACUAGCUUGAAAUAGUCUCCCAUGGUACACUGCUAGAGGAGCGCGGGAUUGAUACUUAUGAUCCUUCUACUGCUGGGUCUACCAUUGAAGUCUCCAGCCAUGUAUGGUGACACUCUACCGCAUAUACGUCGCUUCACUUCUCACGGUAGGUAGCCGAGCACAUACUCACGUACUUUCUCGUGGCUACCUAUUCAGGAAUGUCAGUCGUUAUGUUGGUAAAAGAAGCGACUUCCAUCACAGAGGAGGCAAUUGCUAGCAAUUGUUGCUACAUCGCUGCUGCUACUUUGAUAUUCUAUGAACAUUUGACGACCUUUUCCGACGAAAUCGAUCUGGUCUGGACGAGCAAAUGGACUACUGUUACUGUGGUCUUCAUGUGUAAUCGUUCUCUCCUCGUCAUGCUCGGGGCCACCUUCAUACUAAAUGUCCUGCCGUGGGACACUCAAGCGGUCAUAUCAAUAUUUUCUGCUUUGCGUGUAUACGCUAUCAGCAUUCAUAAGUGGGUGCCUACCCUGCUGGUCUUUCUCUUGAGCGUCGCCCCGACAGGUGUUAUGAUUUAUAUUUUAUCGACGACGUCACGAACGCUUGUAGGAGCCUUAGAUGGUCUUGCCGCAUGUGUGGGGCACACACCAAUUCCUCCAGAGACGCAGCAAAAACUCGUUAUGACCUUAUGUAUCUGUGCAGUGCUGGCUGAUCUCGUCGCUCUUCUUGUCACAUGGGCCAGUACUUUUCAACUCGCAAGAGAAGCCCGUCACAAUGGAACAAGAGCAGAAUUAGUACAACUAUUGCUGCGAGAUGGCACGCUCUACUUCGUAGCACUUCUAACCGUCGAUAUACUGGAACUAUCUGUCGAGUACAGUUACACGGACCCACAGUCCGACGGUACCUAUGUGUCGCCAUUGCGAUUAUCGUUCUCCUCAAUACUCAUAUCUCGAUUCCUCCUAAACCUGCGUCGCGUCCACAACAGUGCAGAUAGCUUGAUACCACAAGUUGAUAUUCACCUGAGCUCAAUUGGUGGCCUCAGUAUGGCCAGCUUCGGAUCCAGGCUUAUAGACAUCCUGGGUACCGACCUAGACUUCGAGCCAUCCGCUGAAAGCGAUGAUUAUGGCCGGCAACAAACGAGAGAUGCGGGAGAUCGCGACAGAGAACGGGGCAGUCUCAUAGAAAUGCAGGUCCCUGUAAGGAGUGCGGGGGGACAGCAGGGUUCAUAAUGAGGCUGUUCGGGCUGUGAGUGUAG